CCCACCCCCCACACAAAAACCAAUCCCUAAUCUUUCUCUCUCUCUCUCUCUCUCUCUUCCCCCUCUGCAUCGAUCUCUUUCUCUACCUCUACCUGUGUAAUUAAUGGAUGCUGCUCAGUGGCCACAGGGAAUUGGAGUUGAAUGCUCAGAGAAGAAGCCAAGGCAACAAAAGGAACAGCCUUUGAACUGCCCAAGAUGCAAAUCCACCAACACAAAGUUUUGCUAUUACAACAAUUACAGCCUCUCCCAGCCUAGGUACUUUUGUAAGAGCUGCAGAAGGUAUUGGACUGAAGGUGGAACUCUCAGAAAUGUACCAGUUGGUGGAAGCUCUAGGAAAAACAAAAGAUCUUCUUCUUCUACAAAGAAAUUGACCCCACCACCUCUAAUUCAAAACCCUAAGAUCCACGAUGGGAAAAACCUAAACUCAUCUUACAACCAUCCGCCUCUCUACACUGGAAUUUCUGAGCUAGUGGCUUUGCCAUUCACUCAAAACCCUAAUUUUCUCAGCUCAAUCAUUUCUGCUCCGCUUCACAAUUCCAACCCGGUGGUCUCCUCCGGUUUCGGGAACUUCCAGCAACCGGUUCAAGGCGAUCCACCAAUCGUUUUCCCUUUUGAAGCAGUUGGAAAUCAAGAAAUUGAGCGUGAUUCCAACGGAUUCUGGACCGGGAUGCUCCCCGGCGGUUCAUGGUGAAACUGCGUACGUAAUUAAUCAAUUACUACUAUAUAUUUUCUCUUAAUUAACAAUGCUUAGUCAAGAUAUAGUAAUGUUUACUACUCUGUGUUGAUGGAUUUAAUUUGUUCUUGAUUGAUUUAAAUGGUGAGGACUGAUGAGUGGUACGAUCAGUAGAGCUGAGAGUACAACUCAUGUUUAUAUAUAUAUAUAUAUAGGUCGAUCGAUGCAUGUGUUGAUCCAUAUAUAUAUGUAUAUUGCCACUUGGUAUUGGGUAUUCUUGUGCUUUGUCAUGUCAAAAGGUAAAGGUCGCCACCCUUUUUCUGGUAUCGUUUAUCUUUUUUUUCUGUGCAUGUAUUGUUCAAUCUUUGCUACUUUCUCAUCAUCGAUCUCACUUUCCCCUAUUUCAUUUAUGUAGUAAUUAGUGCUGUUAUCUAAUCCAUGUUUUAAGUUUCCAGUUGAUGCCAUGAUCAUAUAAUAAGAAAAUGCUUCUUUGCUUUUA